CGGACGGAGACCUUCAACUUGACCACUGCACUUUCUUUACCCUCCUCCUUUUCUCCAGCAUCUCGACCUGCACCGCGGCAGUGAUCCUUUGCGUGAGCCUGCUUCUACGAUAGACCUCUGACAUCUUUUGUCUGCUCAUAAAUUCACCCAUCUUCUACCAUGGCUGACACCUCUGCUGCCUGGCCUCUGGCCGACGAGAGCCUAACCCAGAGCCUUUUGGAUCUUGUCCAGCAGGCUUCCCACUACCGCCAGCUCAAGAAGGGUGCUAACGAGGCCACCAAGACCCUUAACCGUGGUACCGCCGAGUUGGUCAUCCUUGCUGCCGAUACCUCCCCUCUCGCCAUCGUCAUGCACAUCCCUCUGCUCGCCGAGGACAAGAACUGCGUCUACGUCUUCGUUCCCAGCAAGCUCGCUCUCGGCCGUGCCUGCGGUGUCUCCCGCCCCGUCAUCGCCGCCAGCAUCACCACCAACGAGGCCAGUGAUCUGAUGGGCCAGAUCCGUACCCUCAAGGACAAGGUUGAGAGACUUAUGCUGUAAAGCCGUCUAUGCUUCGCUUGGAAUGAGUCUGGGUGGAAAAACCUCGUCAUCACCUAUACUCAGUUCCAUCGAGUUUGAUAUCUAUUUCAAAUCUAUCUUCCAUAUACCCCUGUGUGUGCGGGCGAAGAUAGGGAAUGAGCUCGGGUAUUGGGGACUGGGUUGAUGGAGUCAUAGUGGAAGGUCUUUUUUGUUUCUUUUCUUUUUGCUCAGGUCCUUUCUUUGUAAAAGGGACUUCCAGAACAUUUUUCUGGAUUCAAAUGGGUGAAAUUUAUAUGGACCUCUGCUAUACUCGAAUUAGACAGUUAUUAGCUUAAAUGUCGAAUUUUACGAUACACGCCUUGCAAUGGG